AUGUCUACGCACGGCCAACGGCAUCCGGUCACACCAUGUACUGGUAAGGUUUCUCCGUUUGCUUACACACAUGACGAUAUCAUCCACGCAUCAGGGGCUCCAAGCAUGCUCACGCACCACAGCUACUUCUGCCGAACCUGCGGCACCCGCCUGCUCCACACCACGCCUAGCAAAAAUGUCGUCUCCGUCAAGGGGGGCUGCCUCGAGGGCCUCGACUGGACAAAGGCCAUCCACAUCUGGACAAAGUCGGCCAUGGUGCCCAUCCCCGAGGGCUCCGAGUCGCACUCGGAGGAGACGUCGCUGACGACCGACUAUGGCGAGCUGCAGGACGAGCUCGACCAGCCGACCGACCUGCGCGGGUCCGGCGAGUACGAGGGGCAAGAGUCAUUCCGUGGCGCCUCCGUGGUGGUGGUAGGGGAGGGAGAGGCGCCGCCUGCGCCUGUGUCGGGGGCGUGCGAACUGAGCGGGUGA